ACAAAACCAAAACACACACAAAAUCAUCUCUCUCUCUCUCUCUCUCUCUCUCUCUCAAUUGCCAUCUGCAGAGUCUUCAUUUUCAGCUUCUUAUAAAACCUCUCUCUCUCUCUCUCUCUCUCUCUCUCUCUGUUUCUCUUUAAUAGUUAAAUUAAUAUAAAUUCAAUUGGACUGUUUGAAUUAUUUCGAAUUUCGAGAUCUGUUGCUUCAUUAUGCGAGCCAGGCCAAAUCUAGGGUUUUGAUUUAUCAACUCAUUGAUUUGGUUGGGGCUUUAAAGAGAUGUCUAGGGUUUAUGAUAACUGGGAGAGAUUAGUGCGAGCUACGCUACGGCAAGAGCAGCUCAGGCCUACUGGACAAGGUCAUGAGCGAGUUUCUAGCGGGAUUGCUGGUGCGGUCCCCGAUUCGCUUCAGAGAACUACUAAUAUUAAUGCGAUUCUGCAAGCCGCUGAUGAAAUUCAAGCUGAGGAUCCGAAUGUUGCUCGAAUUCUGUGUGAGCAAGCAUACUCCAUGGCACAAAAUUUGGACCCUAACAGUGAUGGCAGAGGUGUUCUACAAUUUAAGACCGGCCUGAUGUCUGUAAUAAAGCAAAAACUUGCUAAAAAAGAUGGGGCUCGAAUUGAUCGAAAUCGUGAUGCUGAGCGCUUAUGGGAUUUUUAUCAAAAAUAUAAGAGGCGGCACAGGGUGGAUGAUAUUCAGAGAGAGGAACAAAGAUACCGUGAAUCUGGCACUUUCAGUGCCAACCUGGGGAACUUGGGAUUAAGAUCUAAUGAAACAAAAAAGGCAUUUUCCACCUUGCGGGCCCUUGUGGAGGUUAUGGAGUCACUGAGCGAAGAUGCAGGUCCUGAUGGUGUGGGAGGACUUAUAACAGAAGAGUUAAGAAGACUGAAAAAGACAGAUGCAACUUUAUCAGCCGAGUUGACACCUUACAAUAUUGUUCCUCUGGAAGCAUCAUCCAUAACGAAUGCCAUCGGGUUUUUCCCAGAAGUUAAGGGUGCAAUAUCUGCCAUCAGAUAUACCAAUCAGUUUCCUCGGCUUCCAAAAGAUCUUAAGAUUACUGGACGACGAGAAUUAGACAUGUUCGAUCUCCUGGAAUAUGUGUUUGGUUUCCAGAAAGACAAUAUAAGGAAUCAACGUGAGAACGUUAUACUGAUAAUUGCCAAUGCACAAUCAAGAGUUGGCAUACCUGCAGAAUCUGAUCCUAAAAUAGACGAAAGAGCUAUUACAGAAGUUUUCUUAAAAGUCCUGGAUAACUACAUUAAAUGGUGUAGAUAUUUGCGGAUACGGCUUGUAUGGAAUAGUUUGGAAGCAAUCAACAGGGACAGAAAGCUUUUUCUUGUAUCCCUUUACUUUCUCAUAUGGGGGGAGGCUGCCAAUGUCCGUUUUCUGCCUGAGUGCAUUUGCUAUAUAUUUCACCAUAUGGCAAGGGAGCUAGAUGCAAUCUUAGAUCAUGGAGAAGCUAGUCCUGCUGCCAGCUGUAUUGGUGAAGACAAUUCAGUCUCUUAUCUUCAGCAAGUCAUAUCUCCAAUAUACAAAGUAAUAUCAAAGGAAGCUGAAAGAAACAAUAAUGGGAAAGCUGCACACUCAGAAUGGAGAAAUUAUGAUGAUUUCAACGAAUACUUCUGGUCACCUGAUUGCUUUCAGUUAAAUUGGCCUAUGAAGAAGGAUUCAGCUUUUCUUUUGGAACCGAAAAAGAGGAAAAGGACUGGGAAAAGCACAUUCGUCGAGCACCGAACCUUCUUACAUUUAUAUCGUAGUUUCCAUCGUCUAUGGAUAUUUUUGGCUGUGAUGUUCCAGGCAUUGACGAUUAUAGCUUUUAAUAAAGGAACAAUAAACCGUGAUACAUUUAUAACAUUGCUUAGCGUUGGUCCAACUUUUUCCAUCAUGAACUUUGCUGAGAGUUGUUUAGAUGUCGUCCUUAUGUUUGGGGCCUACAGUACUGCAAGAGCCUUUGCUAUUUCAAGGCUGGUUAUUAGGUUUUUCUGGGGUGCCUUGAGCUCUGUAUUUGUGACAUACAUUUAUGUGAAAGUUUUGGAUGAAAGAAGUAGGAGGGGCUCAGAUUCAUACUAUUUCCGAAUCUAUAUACUGGUAUUGGGGGUUUAUGCUGGUGUCCGUGUGGUAUUUGCAUUGCUGCUCAAACUUCCGGCAUGCCAUUCUCUGUCUGAGAUGUCUGAUCACCCAUUCUUUCAGUUUUUCAAGUGGAUUUAUCAGGAGCGAUAUUUUGUUGGUCGUGGUCUUUAUGAAAGGACUAGUGACUAUUUGAGGUAUGUGAUCUUUUGGAUGGUGAUCUUUGCCUGCAAGUUCACAUUUGCUUACUUUCUUCAGAUUAGACCGUUAGUCACACCUACAAAUAUUAUUGUGGACCUUCCUUCGUUGGAGUACUCAUGGCACGACUUCAUCUCAAAAAAUAAUAAUAAUGUGCUAACAAUUGUCUGCCUAUGGGCUCCUGUUGUUGCUAUUUAUCUCUUGGAUAUUUAUAUAUGGUACACGCUUUUAUCUGCAAUUGUUGGUGGUGUAAUUGGUGCACGGGCUCGGCUUGGCGAGAUUCGUUCAAUUGAAAUGGUUCAUAAACGCUUUGAGAGCUUUCCAGAAGCCUUUGUCAAGAACCUUGUGUCAUCAAAAACAAAGAGGAUGCCUUUCGGCAGACAAACAUCUCAGGCGUCUGAAGAUACCAACAAGACUAAUGCAGCUCUAUUCUCUCCAUUUUGGAAUGAGAUAAUCAAAAGUCUGCGCGAGGAAGAUUACAUAAGUAAUAGAGAGAUGGACUUGCUGUCUAUGCCUAGUAAUGCUGGCAGCUUAAGAUUAGUUCAGUGGCCAUUGUUUCUUCUUAGCAGCAAGAUCUUAUUGGCGAUUGAUUUAGCCUUGGACUGCAAGGAUACUCAAGAAGAUCUUUGGAAUAGAAUAUGCAGGGAUGAAUACAUGGCAUAUGCUGUACAAGAGUGCUACUACAGUAUCGAAAAAAUUUUGUAUUCUCUGGUUGAUGGAGAAGGGAGACUAUGGGUUGAGAGAAUCUUUCGCGAGGUCAACACAAGUAUAUCAGAGAAUUCUCUUGUGAUUACUUUACUAUUUAAAAAGCUUCCAGUGGUGCUGUCUAGAUUUACAGCGUUAACUGGGCUUCUGAUACGGAAUGAAACUCCAGAACUUGCCAAAGGGGCUGCCAAAGCUGUUUAUGAUGUAUAUGAGGUGGUUACACACGAAUUGUUAUCUCAUGAUUUGAGGGAACAGCUUGAUACCUGGAACAUAUUGCAGAGGGCAAGGAAUGAAGGCAGACUAUUUUCUCGGAUAGAAUGGCCCAAAGACCCUGAAAUUAAGGAGCUGGUGAAGAGGCUGCACUUACUUCUCACAGUAAAGGAUUCUGCGGCAAACAUUCCCAAAAAUCUUGAAGCAAGAAGAAGAUUAGAGUUCUUUACAAAUUCAUUAUUUAUGGACAUGCCUUCAGCAAAACCAGUUUCAGAGAUGAUGCCUUUUUGCGUCUUUACUCCGUACUAUAGUGAAACCGUUCUCUAUAGUUCCUCCGAGUUGCGGACUGAAAAUGAGGAUGGAAUCUCUACUCUUUUCUAUCUUCAAAAAAUUUUCCCAGAUGAAUGGGAGAACCUUCUGGAACGCAUUGGACGGGGUGAUACUGGAGACACAGAACUUCAGGAUAGCACUAGCGAUGCGUUGGAGCUUCGGUUUUGGGCAUCUUAUCGAGGCCAGACAUUAGCGAGAACAGUUCGUGGUAUGAUGUAUUAUAGACGGGCACUAAUGCUUCAGAGCUUUUUGGAAAGGAGAUCAUUUGGAGAGGGAGAGUAUUCUCAAAGCUCCUUCCCAACAACUGAAGGUUUUGAGCUGUCACGUGAAGCUCGUGCACAAGCCGAUUUGAAAUUUACUUAUGUUGUAUCUUGCCAAAUUUACGGGCAACAAAAGCAAAGGAAGGCUCCAGAGGCUGCUGAUAUUUCUCUUUUGCUUCAAAGGAACGAAGCACUGCGAGUUGCUUUUAUACAUGUGGAAGAGAGUGGGUCAACUGAUGGAAGUGUUCGGAAGGAAUUUUAUUCAAAGCUAGUUAAAGCUGAUGAGCAUGGAAAGGAUCAGGAAAUUUAUUCCAUUAAACUUCCAGGAGAUCCAAAACUUGGUGAGGGGAAGCCAGAAAACCAAAAUCAUGCCAUAGUUUUUACUCGUGGGGAAGCUGUUCAAACAAUUGACAUGAAUCAGGACAAUUACCUUGAAGAGGCUAUGAAAUUAAGAAAUCUUCUUGAAGAAUUUCGAGGGAAUCAUGGCAUUCGCCCUCCAACCAUUCUUGGUGUGAGAGAGCAUGUUUUUACAGGAAGUGUUUCCUCUUUGGCCUGGUUUAUGUCCAACCAAGAGACUAGUUUUGUGACAUUGGGACAGCGUGUUCUGGCCUAUCCUCUAAAAGUUCGUAUGCAUUAUGGUCAUCCUGAUGUUUUUGACCGUAUAUUUCAUAUCACUCGUGGCGGCAUAAGUAAGGCAUCCCGUGUCAUAAAUAUUAGCGAAGAUAUCUAUGCAGGAUUUAAUUCCACUUUGCGUCAGGGUAAUAUUACACACCAUGAAUACUUCCAGGUUGGAAAGGGAAGAGAUGUCGGCUUGAACCAAAUCGCGCUGUUCGAAGGAAAAGUUGCUGGUGGAAACGGGGAGCAAGUUCUUAGCAGGGAUGUAUAUAGGGUUGGACAGCUUUUCGACUUUUUCAGGAUGCUUUCUUUUUACUUCACGACAGUUGGUUUCUAUGUAUGCACCAUGCUGACAGUGCUUACUGUGUAUAUAUUCUUAUAUGGAAGGGUCUACCUGGCUUUCUCAGGGCUCGAUAGGGGUAUUUCACGACGAGCCAAAUUGUUGGGGAACACUGCAUUAGAUGCGGCUUUAAAUGCACAAUUCUUGGUCCAGAUUGGAGUUUUCACUGCUGUUCCCAUGAUAAUGGGUUUUAUUCUCGAGUUGGGUUUGUUGAAGGCUGUUUUCAGUUUUAUUACGAUGCAGCUUCAACUCUGCUCGGUCUUUUUCACAUUCUCCUUGGGUACUAGAACCCAUUAUUUCGGACGUACCAUUCUGCAUGGAGGUGCAAAAUACCGAGCAACUGGUAGAGGCUUUGUUGUCCGUCAUAUCAAGUUUGCUGAGAAUUACAGGCUAUACUCGAGAAGUCAUUUUAUUAAAGCGCUGGAAGUUGCUCUGCUCCUUACGGUUUACAUUGCAUAUGGUUACACUGAUGGAGGGGCUCUCUCCUUUGUUCUGCUAACAGUUAGCAGUUGGUUUCUUGUUAUCUCCUGGUUAUUCGCCCCUUACAUCUUCAACCCAUCUGGGUUUGAGUGGCAGAAGACUGUAGAAGAUUUUGAUGAUUGGAUUAAUUGGCUUCUAUAUAAAGGUGGAGUUGGAGUUAAGGGAGAUAAUAGCUGGGAAUCUUGGUGGGAUGAAGAGCAGGCACAUAUUCAAACUUUGAGGGGUCGUAUACUUGAGACAAUUUUAAGCUUGCGAUUUUUAAUUUUUCAAUAUGGGAUUGUGUACAAGCUCCAUCUUACUGGAAAGAAUACGUCUUUUGCAAUUUAUGGCUUUUCCUGGGUUGUACUGGUCGGGAUUGUCAUGGUAUCUAAGAUCUUCACAGUUAGCUCGAAAAAGUCCACAAAUUUUCAGCUUUUAUUUAGAUUUUUGCAAGGAGUUACAGCUAUAUCUCUGGUUCUAGCCCUUAGCCUAGUUGUUGCUUUUACCGAUCUGUCAGUUCCUGAUUUAUUUGCUAGCGUCCUGGCAUUUAUACCUACUGGAUGGGCCAUACUAUCUCUGGCAAUCACUUGGAAAAGACUAGUCUGGAGCUUGGGUUUGUGGGACUCUGUGCGUGAAUUUGCCAGAAUGUAUGAUGCGGGGAUGGGAUUGUUAAUCUUUACACCCAUAGCCGUGUUAUCUUGGUUUCCGUUUAUUUCUACGUUCCAGUCACGUCUGCUCUUUAAUCAAGCAUUUAGCCGUGGUCUCGAAAUUUCCAUCAUCCUUGCCGGGAACAAAGCAAAUGUUCAACCAUAAUUACUCAUUUUCCUUUGCUGGGAGUAGAGUAGUCUUCCCAGAGGGAGCCAACUUUUGUUGCAAUAUAUUAGUUUGAAUUACUGCUUCAGAUCUCUACUUGUAAUGAUGAACCUUUUUGAGAUAAAUGUCCACAUGUAUGUACAGAAUUUGUGUAAAUGAAUGGUAGAUAUAGCUGAAGUCAAUAUCUUGAAUAUUUUUAGUCCCCAUCUGUAGUCUUGUCGUUCCCCUGGUUCUCAGUAAUAACAAUUUUAUAUUAAAUGGGAAACAUGGUAUUCAUUUUAAA